AAUAACUAUGGCUGAACCGAAAACUGCUCCAGCACCCAAGAAGGGCUCGAAGAAAGCCGUUUCUAAGAGUCAAGCCAAGGGAGGAAAGAAACGCAGAAAGACCAGGAAGGAAAGCUAUUCUAUCUACGUGUACAAAGUACUGAAGCAAGUUCACCCCGAUACGGGUAUCUCCUCUAAGGCAAUGGGAAUCAUGAACUCCUUUGUGAAUGACAUCUUCGAACGUAUCGCCGGUGAGGCUUCUCGCCUUGCGCACUACAACAAGCGCUCCACAAUUUCUUCCCGAGAGAUCCAGACUGCUGUGAGGCUGCUGCUACCGGGAGAGCUUGCAAAGCACGCCGUGUCGGAGGGCACCAAGGCAGUCACCAAGUAUACCAGCUCCAAGUAAACUACAAAACUUCUGCUUGAAACCAACGGCUCUUUUCAGAGCCAC